AUGACUACAGAAACACAUCAUGAAUUGUUUGUAGAUACAACUAGAGGUGAAAAGUUAAGAAUCAACAUGGAUGUUGUAUUCCAUCAUUUACCAUGUGCAUUCCUUUCAUUAGAUGCAAUGGAUGUAUCAGGAGAUCAUCAAUUUGAUGUAGCUCACAACAUAUUUAAAAAGAGAUUAUCGCCAACUGGUAUGCCAAUUGCCGAUGCAUCUCCGCAGCGAGAAGAUACGAUAAACAAGCGAGUACCAGCUGGCAACGAAAACGACAAGGUUGAUUGUGGCAGUUGUUAUGGUGCUGAAGAUCCAUCAAGAGGUAUUAGUUGUUGUAGUACAUGCGAAGAAGUUAGAACUGCCUAUCAAAAGAAAGGUUGGUCUAUUCAAGAAUAUUCUGGUAUUGCUCAAUGUGUAAGAGAAGGAUUUACAAAGAAUAUAGUUGAACAAAAUGGAGAAGGAUGUCAAGUAUAUGGAUUUAUUAAUGUGAACAAGGUGGCAGGUAAUUUCCACUUUGCUCCAGGAAAGAGUUUCCAACAACAUCAUAUGCACGUCCAUGAUUUACAAGCGUUCAAGGGAUCGUUUAAUCUUAGCCAUUCUAUCAAUCGUUUGUCGUUUGGCAAUGAUUUCCCAGGUAUCAAGAAUCCAUUGGAUGGUGUUACAAAGACCGAGAUGGUUGGUAGUGGCAUGUUCCAAUACUAUAUCAAGGUGGUACCAACACUCUACGAAGGACUCAAUGGCAACAGAAUCAGCACCAACCAAUUCUCAGUGACAGAACACUACCGUCUCUUGGCUAAAAAGGAUGAGGAGCCAUCUGGACUUCCAGGACUCUUCUUUAUGUACGAUUUAUCACCUAUUAUGAUGAAGGUUUCCGAACAAGGUAAAUCAUUUGCCUCCUUCCUCACAAGUGUCUGUGCCAUUGUUGGUGGUGUCUUUACGGUUGCUGGUAUUCUAGAUUCCAUGAUUUACAAAACUACAAAAAAUCUAAAGAAAAAGAUUGAUCUUGGAAAAAAUACAUAA